AAAAAAAUGUUUGCUGCAUGAAUGAAGAAAAGAAUGAACAAGUGAAGGUCAUAGUGACUUGCCUAGGGUCAAUACGGCAAGACAGACCAUAGCCAGGUAUGCUAAUUUCUAGUCCAGAUUAUUAGCCUUCUCACAAAGUCCUUGUCCAGAAUUGUUCUGAAUUAUUGCCACCAAAGCAGCUUCACAACACAAGUCCCAUUUCUUCACAGUACCAUUUUCUUUGGAUGGCAUUUAUGCACCAAGGAGAUGCGAUAGCUAUAGCAACUUUUCUUUUUUCCAAGAAACACAUGCUAUCUUUUUGCUCUAUUUUGAAGGGGUUUUUAUGAUAAACCAUGCUGCUAUUUAAAACCUGUAAAGCUUUUUGAGAUUCUCAGAAGAAAUAUAAGGUGUAGGUCACAAAGAACAAUUUUAUCUCUUGCAAUAGAAUUUCCUGUUCAAAAAAAUGAUGUUAAUUUGAAAAGCUGAUAUCUCCAAAGGAGCGUUCUAUUAGGUGGGUAAUCAUCAUAUUGCCAGCCGCUGUGUAUACCCUUCUCUUAAGAGUGAAAAAGUAAAAAGCCACUUUGCUGUGUAGAAGUGCCUUCCUUAUGUGCUUCAUAAAAACCACAUAAAAUGUUCAGAGGUUAGAGGAGCGAGCGGCUGCUGUAUUUAUAAGACAAAUAAGUUCACUAUCACCCCCGAGGAAGCUUGAAGAUGUGAUUCUCAAGGGUCUUUGGUACCAUGCCUGAAAAUGGAAUCAUUAUUUUUUGAUUCCCCCUGCUCACGUCAUUGACUCCCACCUCCAGCCGGUCCACUGGUUAUAAGUAACCAUGAAUUGCCCUGCAGAUUGUAAACAGGGUAGCCAACGAGGGCCAGCCAAAGCCCAACUCCAGUUUCAUCCUACCAUGCCGAAAGCAUUCCUGCUGCUAUGUGUUGCCCUGGUUCUGUUUGGGCUUGUGCAUGGAGCCACACUGAGAAACAAAGAGAACUGGAAGUCACUCAACAACCCCAGAAACCGAGAUCUGUUUUUCAGAACCCUUCAGGCAUAUUUUAAGGGAAGAGGUCUUGAUCUCGGGAGGUUUCCGAACACUUUCUUCAUGAAUGAGAAUCCUAGACCUCUCUCUUUCCAAUCAGAACUCCUUGCUUCUGCAUUUGCAGAUUAUGAAGAGCAGAAAAACUCCUUUUCUAAUUACCUCAAAGGCUGAAUGUUUCCUCUGAACACAGGUGUCUGGCUAUUUUAAAACUACAGAUGAAGCUUCUCAUUAGAAAAAUUCAGUCAUGGGCAUGGGUAAACCUUUCCCUCCUCUACUUACUUGUCAAUUUACAAUGAUUUUAUUCUACAUUUCCAGAUUUACAUAUAUAUAUCUAGAUUGACCUUUGGGACAUAUGCAACUUAUGUGCAUAGUUUUGGAGUCUUUUUUCCACUCUAUAAACCAUAAACACUGUUAGAGCACUGCCCCUAUUUGUAAGAGUGACAUGAACAGAGAGUCAGAAGAGAUGGUGAUCUUGUAAAUUACAUUUCUUUUAAGCUUCCCUUUAAAACUUGAUGCUGAUUACCGUUUAUUAAUGUUUUUAUUUGAAAGAGACUGUGCUCCUUUUUACUAUAGUUCAUUAUAUAUAAUAGAGAUUUGGGCUUAACAUUGUCUUUUUCUUGAAAAGCAGAUACAUUCCCGCUUUCAGCAUAUGUUAUUGAGAAACCUCACAGUUUCAUACCAAGGGAGAAGAAGUGAUAAAUAUCCACAAUUAAGUCUAAAUGGAAAGAAAAAAACACUUGGAUUCUAGGAGUUGCUAAGGUCUCUAGGAGAUAUUCCCUGCCACUAUAUUCAGAUGUGGACAUUGUGCUACAUGAGAUAUCCUAGCCACACUCCAGCUCUGGUUUUUCUCCAGACGCGCCCUUUAGAAGGAAGAGUAGAAAUGGGUGGAAUUUCCUUCUUUUACGACCAAUCUUCUCCUCUCCCCACCAGCUCAGGCUGAAUUAUUCAAUUCUCAUAUUUUCAUUUGGAAUAGCUACUGUUCCUGUAUCAUUAUGGAGAGCUGCAUCAUUUUCUCUGUGAUCCUACAAAAAGAACAUUGUACUAGAAUGCAAACAUCGGUGUCCUAGUAAUGUUAGUCUGUACAUUCCACAAUAGUCUUCUUUGGCUUUUUUGUGGAUCAUUGAUACUCAA